UGCGGUCCUGGCCAGAAUUACUUUAUAGAUUUAUUCUUCCAAGUCUAGUUAAUGAUUAACAUCACGCCUUGGUGUCUAAAUGGACCCACUUUCCUUCUUUCUCUGUGAAGUUGGCGGUUUGCUGGGAACAAUAAACUCAGAGAGGUUUGCUGCAAUCCGCACUGGGGAGGGUGGAGUCUGUUCAGUUCUGCUUCCCUCUGCUGAGGUGUGGUCUUCAGCACUAAGCAAAGAAUGCCUCGUGUGUGGUGUUCUUCUGCUAGUCUUGCUUGCAGCCUUGCAAACCUCAUCAGAGUCACUUCUGGCCUCUUACUGGGCUCCUCCUUCAGUGAUGGGCAAGCAGGAAGCGAAACCCUGGCCUUAAAAUUCCAAAAGAAGCAUUUGAACAACCUCAGACCAGUUCCACGCCACCUCGAGACUUAGACUCCAAAGCUUGCAUUUCUAUUGGAAAUCAGAACUUUGAGGUGAAGGCAGAUGAUCUGGAACCAAUAAUGGAACUGGGGCGAGGUGCGUACGGGGUCGUGGAGAAGAUGCGACACGUGCCCAGCGGGCAGAUCAUGGCGGUGAAGCGGAUCCGGGCCACAGUAAAUAGCCAGGAGCAGAAAAGGCUACUGAUGGAUUUGGAUAUUUCCAUGAGGACAGUGGACUGUCCUUUCACAGUCACCUUUUAUGGUGCACUCUUCCGGGAGGGUGAUGUUUGGAUUUGCAUGGAACUCAUGGAUACGUCUCUAGAUAAGUUCUACAAACAAGUGAUUGACAAAGGCCAAACAAUUCCAGAGGACAUCUUAGGGAAAAUAGCAGUUUCUAUUGUAAAGGCGUUAGAACAUUUACACAGUAAGCUCUCUGUCAUUCAUCGAGACGUCAAGCCUUCCAACGUGCUGAUCAACACUCUGGGCCAAGUAAAGAUGUGCGAUUUUGGAAUCAGUGGCUACCUUGUAGACUCUGUCGCUAAAACUAUUGAUGCAGGAUGCAAACCCUACAUGGCCCCCGAAAGAAUAAACCCAGAGCUCAAUCAGAAGGGAUAUAGUGUGAAGUCUGACAUUUGGAGUCUGGGCAUCACAAUGAUUGAGUUGGCGAUCCUCCGGUUUCCCUACGACUCUUGGGGAACGCCCUUCCAACAGCUCAAACAGGUGGUAGAGGAGCCCUCACCACAGCUCCCGGGAGACAAGUUCACCGAAGAGUUCGUUGACUUUACCUCACAGUGCUUGAAGAAGAAUUCCAAAGAACGGCCAACAUAUCCAGAACUUAUGCAACAUCCAUUUUUCACCCUACACGAAUCCAAAGCAACAGACGUGGCAUCUUUUGUAAAAUUGAUUCUUGGAGACUAAAUACCGUGGACUCAAUUGGUUGGCCCUCCUGUGGAUUGGUGGGUUUACAGGGUGAAGCAGGUUCACUAAAGCACCAAUAGAAACUCAUCCUUGAGAUAAUUUAAUCCUGCCUCUCAGAAGGUUGUUUUCCCCCAUUUUCUUUUCUUUUCUUUUCCUUUUUUUCCCCUCCAAAGGGGGCCUUGGAAUCUAUAGUAUAGAAUGAACUGUCUAGAUGGAUGAAAUAUGGCAAAGGCUUAGGACUUAAAAAGGUGAUUAAAUAUUUAAUGAUGUGUCAUAUGAGUCCUUAAGCUUCUCAGACUUCUCUUGUUCUUCAUAAAACGAAUGCAUUGGCCCUGGUCAAAAGGUGCUACCGUAGUGAUGAAAUUGUAAGUAGAUCUGUAGUCUGUCCCACUUAUUAUUUUAAUAUUUAUGUUUAAGUGCUUGGUUGAAAAGAUUCCAUUUUAUGCAAGGAGGGAGAUACAAGAGGCAAGGUUGGGUUGGCAAUAUUUAUAGGGCUUUUAUUUUUAAGUUCAGUCGUGUCUGUGGUCCAGAGGAAACUAUUUAAUAUGCAUCUUUAAGAGUAUUAUACCAAUAACAGUGAGGAGCUCUUCUUUGUAAAACACCUGUUCCAGCUGUUGUGGCUGCUUGCCACGUCCUUAGAUUUCUGCUCAACUCCUGGGUAGUAACCACAUAUUUCAGGUGAAGUGGUGAGGUAUCCCAGUCAUACCCUUUCCCCAACUUUGGGAAACAUAAAAUCACUUUUGUCACAUCUCAGAGUCACGAGUUGGGUUCUCUUGGCCUUUGUGGUAUUAAUGGAAUGUGAUUCCUGAUGCAGUUUUAUAUCACCUAUCUACCCUUCUACAUGUGUGCCUGUGUAUAUUUGGUAAGUCCCAAGCUCCGCCAAGUGGCUUCUGUGGACAUCUCUACUUAGCGAGGAGGAUAUAUGUCAGUUCUGAGAGGAGAUGUCAUGUCAAACCACACUGAGAAUUGGUGCCUUCUUCUGCUUCUGUCCCUCCUUACAAUGCAUAAGCCCCAAGGUUUGCCUUUGUGUUAAGAUGCGCUCUUUGCUUUCUUCUCUUCUUCCCCCAUGUUCAAUAAAGAAGCCUUACUAUUGACGGGAGGGCUGCAAUACAAGAAAAUAAAAGUUCUUUGACAGGAUAGGAGAUAAUGGGGAAGGUUGAAUUAGUUCCUAGGAAUAGACGGCCCGAUUGCCAGUGGUUGAGGCCACAUUUCACUUGAGUAGCACACAGCAGCACGGGAUAGCACUCCGUAGGAGGCUAGUGCCAUUAUGGGUUCCCGGCAGGUUGACAAAGCAGUGUAAGCUCUUUCUUAAGACUAAAUAUGCCCCUAGGUUCUCUAGGUUCCUUGAUGAAAAGUGAGUGAAUUGAUGCAGGGAAGCUGUAAACCGAUAAUAACCAGCAAACAUGGCUUUUGGACGUUGGGUUUCCAUGAGGCUAUUCUUGAAGGACGACGAUGGAGAAUUUUGAUGAGAAAGGAAGAAGAGAACUCCCUGUCUUUCUUUCUUUGCCUCAAGUUCACAGAUAUGGAGAUUAUUCCUCCUGAAAAUCUUCUCUUCUUUCCCUUUUAGGUUUUGAAAUGCAGUCGUUAGUUUUUCUGUGUCUGCAUUUUCCCCUUGUUCUUGUCUUUUGUCUGGCUCAGAGCAGUUGCCCAGAGUGAGUAUGGCCCUCCCGUACCUUCUUUGUAUCCCUAGUUCCAAGAGAUACCUGUUUGAUCAAAUGUAGUUUCAUCUUCUUUAAAGCUACCUCUGUUCCUCAUCUUCUUCCAGCUGGGAAAAGUGUACUAUCCCAGUGAUUAUGGCCAUUCUCUUUCUCACCUACCUUACUAAAUUGGCGGUUUCCCUUGUUGAGACCAAGAGAAAAAAACAUCACAACUGUAUCCCUUCUUUUCUUCAUCUGUUUAAUGAAAAAAGCAAGUAGUAGAAAACUCGGAGGUCCCUCCGUCACAGCUUUUGGCGGAGUAUGUAAGGCAAAACCGCGUUCUGGUCUGAGUCAGACAACUCAUACCUGUUGUUCAGUGCGGUUUCUACUUAGAAAUAUUCUUAACCGAGUGUGUUCUCAUGAAUUCGCCUCUCCAGUUUGUGAACCCAGGGCCCAAACUUGCAAAACAAUCGUACUGAGACAGAGAAGGAGUUUGUCAAUGGUUCUCAACCUGAUGCACACUGGAAUCAACUGGGAGCUGGUGAACACUGCCUGUGCCAAGUUUGGGAUUUCAUUGGUCCAGGGUGGGGCCUGGGAAUUGGCAUAUUUCACACGCCACAUCAGAGAGGGCGUGUUCAUGGAAUACUGACUUGGAACUUGGAAUACGUUGUCCCCAUAGAAAUGAUGUACAACAUGGUGAUUAGAUAUCUUAUGUGCUCAAGUAGAAUGGCUUGCUAGACUUACGAGUCUAAAUUCUAGAGUGUGUGUGUGUGUGUGUGUGUGUGUGUGUACCGUGUUAUAAGUUCUAAACUAAUUUUAAAAUAAAGAGAGAGAUAUGUAAACCAUAUUUAAGUUGAUAUAAGUUGGAAGGUCUCCUGUACAUACACACAGGUCACUCGACCCUCUAUAUUACUCCACUCAUUGUGCAUCAGCAUUAUUAUUGUUUGUGGUUACCUUUGGUUGAUUAGCUUUUUAAUUGUGGUCCUACCCUCCUGUGCUCUUUGUUAGUCCUGAAAUGUCAGACGUCCAAGUCUAGGACAUGAAAUACUCAUUAGCCUCAGCAUUUGAGGAAGCCAGCCCUGAGACUAACGCGACCCCUGGCUUCUCCAAGUGCAUUUGAUUUAGUGUCUUUGGAAGGUAGUCACAAAAGUGACAGAGAAGGGCUAAUGUUUUCAUAGUUUUUAACACUAAAAAUGCUUUUCUUGACCAAGAGGCUUCAUUAGCUCUGCUCAGAGAAACUACUCUGUUUCUCCCAAAGUUGUCUAACAAAAUGCUUAAUCUUUGGCUUAAAAGUGCAAUGGAUGCCCAGUUCCUGAUUUCUGCCCCCAAAUGCUUGUUUUGGUGAUGUGACUGCCUGUGGCCUUGAAGGGAAGAUUCAUAUAUUCAUAAAAUUCAUUGGAGUUGGUGGUCAGAUCAAGUAAAAUGAAUCAAAUCUCUAUCGUGCUGGGGAUUUUGUCUUCUUAAUGCCUAUCUAUGACUGAGAGGGAGAUUUGCUGGCUUAAAAGCAACCUUCCAUUUUUUAUUGAAUUAGCAAAUAGAAGAUGCAGUUGUUAAUUGGACCCCUGAAAAUUUACAUAUUCAGGUGGAAAAAUGCCAGAGUAAAAUCUGGGAGGUGGAAGCUAUCAAACCAACCCUAUUAGAAUAGAAAAAAAGAGAGAUUUUAUUGUAGAAGGUCUGUGUUCCUCUUGUCUAGGGGUGUGUGUGUGUGUGUGUGUGUGUGCACGCAUGUGUGUGUGUUUUAGCACUGUUAAUAUGCUGGCAGCUAAAGAUGCUCUUUGGUUUUCUUUGGCUUUAAUUGGGGUACUCUGGAUUUCUUUAGGAAUCUGUUGAAAGCUAGGACCUUUUCCCUAGGAAAACGCACAUGGUACACGGAACACGUAGUUUUGCAAACAUGUUUUGUUGAGGGGAGGGGAGUGGAGUGCAGUUUAUAGACCCCACAGGAUCAAUAACCUCUGCUCUGCAGAAUGUGGACUGUGACGUUCUAGACCAAGACUGGCAAAGUUUUUCUGUAAAGGGCCAGAUAGUAAAUAUUUUUGGCUUUGGGUUGCAUUAGUCUGUUACAACUACACAGGUCUGGGGUUGCAGUGUGGAAGCAUCCAUAAAUAAUACACAAAUGAAUAAGCGUGGUUCUGUGUCCCAACUAGACUUUAUUUACAGAACCAGGCAAUGGGCUGGAUUUGGCCCACAGGUUAUGGUUUGCCAAUACCAGUCCUAGAGCAUCGAAUGCAAAACUCCAAUUGACUGAAUAUGUGUAUAGAGCUUUUCCAUUUAGUUAGUAUUCAGCUCAGCUGUUGAGGCAGAUCAGGAAGAUGGACAUAGAAAUGAAUUUGGGAAGAGUGGAGACUGUUCAGUCCCAUGGAAAUUGCCUCUUAAUUUUCUUAGGUAAGUAUUCCUUGCCCUGGAGGCCAAUGGGACAGUUUUCCUCAGAUGAAAUUGAGUACCUGCUUUUUCCGUCUCCAUACAAUAGCCGGCGUAACGUACUUCAACUUGGCAAUAAAAAGCAUUCUUCUCUCAGACAUCAACGGCGUUCUUGUCUCUUAGCUUUGCAUUUUAUUUCUCUCUGAGAUGUGAUGCUUGUGCAGGGAGGAUCAUGAAGCCAGACACUAAUCCUCGGGUUUUCCUUUUUCCUGAACUGCAUUAAGAUUUGAAAAUUUGGGAGGCCAUAGUUACAUCAGAAGUGGAAGGCAGAUAGACGUCUUAAAAUCUUCCAGGUUAUCCCCCUGUUCUUUUUGGUCAUCAUUUGAGAAAGGAAGAAAGAUAAGUAUGGGGUCAAAAUUCUUGUUCUCAGGUAGACACAGAGCUCUAGGCUCUCACUGUGACAGGAGACUUGGGCCCACCCCUUGGGUACUGUCCUUGGACUUGGAAAGACAAGGCUGCUUUAUCUUACUCCUUUCUUUAAUCCUCACUAAAUUUCUAUUCUAAGGGGCUUAUGCAAAAUGCCUCCUUUCUGAUGUGAUUAUCUUGGGUCCCUUGUUGAGUUCCUGGGCCCCUAAUCUCUAGUGAAAGCUUUGCCUUCCCCAUGGGACCAGCACAACUGUCCUUUCCUUUGUCUUUGGUCAACCCUUGUCCCUUCUUUGCUGUAGGAACGCUACACAAAGAACUGUCUGUCACCUAAGGUGCCCAACUCCACUUUCCUCUUCCAGAAUAGUCCAGCACAGCUGACCUAAAGCUGCAGUUGCUUGGUUAUUCAGAAACAGUUUUCUUCCUGCUGCAUCAUCAGGCAAACAUAAAUUAUAAAUUAUACUUAGAAGGCUGCUUGGAAACUCUUGAAGAGCAUAUUUAAGUAUUUGAUCUGGCAAUUUACCUGAAAGAAAGUUUUCUCUUCGCCCUGGGAAACAAAACCUGAAUUCCAGAGCCUUCAAAAUGAAACCAUCCUUCUGGGGAAAGCACCUUGCCACCAGAUAUAUCACUCACCACCUGUUCCUGGUAUCUGCAAAGAAGCUGUGUCGUUUUGCUGGGGUUUAGAGAGUCACUGUUUACAGCUAUGCAAAUAUAAUUUCCCCACUGCAAGUUUUUAAUGGAGUCAUUUGGAAUCAGCACCUAAGUUGGGGUUUAUCUUUUUAGCUCCUGCCUCAAACUCCCUUUUCAAGCAACAUUUCUCCAAAAGCUCUUUUCCUAUCUGAUGUGAAGGGGACUGGGCCCUAAGUAGAAACACAAAGGAAAGUCAAGGACUUUGUGGUAGGGUUUUUUUUUUUUUUUUUUUUUUUUAAGAAAAAAAUAUCACCUCUAACACAAACAUGUGUUAAUAGAAUUAAAAAAUAUCCAAUCCAGUUCCCAGGGACUGUCAGCAUCUUGACAUCAUUUGUAUUGUCAUUUGAACUAGGACUCUGAGCCCUCUAUUCUUGGGAGUUUAGAGUGAGAUUUUUGGAGAUGUGCAUUGUGUUUCUGUCUCAAGAGUUGUCAGCAUGGAAAGAUUCCUCUGGGGGCUGUUCCUCUUGACACAUACAGGGUUUCCCCAGGGUCCACUUCUUUCUGGGACUCAGGGUCUCUUUCGAGGAAUGAGGUUAAUGCUCUUAGGACCUGGAGACUGAUUUCAGGGAAAGCAUGGGAAAGUUGAGGCACUUACUUGUGGCUUAAUGUAGGAAACAGAACUUCCUAAAUAGUCCCCAGAGUUUGUGGCUUCGAGCGGGCCACCUUGUCUUUCCUGGUUUCCUUGAUUGCAUUUGCUUGUUUUUCCACUGCCCACACACACAGGACCUGGGCUGACUGAAUGCUUCUGUGGAAAGGAACCGAUCCUACCAUUUUCAUAUGGCAGAACUCAGAACCAGCAGUUUUGCCUUGGUUUGCCUACCUGGAUUCUGUUGUUCCCGAAUCUUGAAAAUGAAUGUAAGGGAUGUCUGAGAGGACUUUUAGCAAAACCCUCCUUCUGAACGUAAGACCUUACAGUGAAUCUUCCAUUCAUCCUGUAAAAAAGGAUUGCUGGAUUGGGUAUCUGUUCCUCUUAAGGAAUAUUCUGUUGUGGCCAGAAAUAAGCAGUUAGCAUCAUUUGGUCACUACUAACGUUCAUUCAUAUUGGAGUCUGCAAGCUAGUUCAACAAAGCAAGUCAGGUCCCUGCCUUAGGAGACUGUCAUCAGACUUUGGGCACAAAGCUGAGCCCCUUCAUCUUUAGUUCUGGUGGCUGUUGGUUUUAAGGACGGUGGACACCAAAGGCUAUCUGAUGAACAUUCUUUUUCCAUGAGACAGAGGAUGGUGAAUAUUCUUAGAAAGACACUACAGGUCUUCAUCAGGAGAGGAGAAUUUAUAGUUUUAAAACAUAACGCUCAAAGCUAGUUUGAGUUUUCAGAAGAAGGGACUUGUGUGGGAAAGUAGUUUUAUUUUCUGCCGAUCUCAAAUUGUCUUCCUUGCUUGUGUUCAGUACUCGUGGAGGGAGGUGUCGAGGGCACCAAGUGGUUUCCAGACUGUGUAGAGUGGUGCCCGUGGGGGUCUCUGGUCAGGAAGGGAAGGGGAAGAGAGAAGAGUGUGAUGGCCAUCUGAAAGCCCCAUCAACCUCCAAUGAGAAUAUUUGGCUACCGGUAUCAAUCCCCCUUCACUUAACUAUCAUUCCCCUUAAGUCUCUGUGGCUAUUAAAGGCUUGGGGACUUUGGAUGAAGUCACUACUUGGAGACCAGAAGCAGCCACAGAACCCGGGAAAUUUUGUGGCCAAUGCUGUCUAUGCAGCCCUGGCUUCUGCUGUAUUCUGUAUGCCAACAGGGCUUGGAGGUAGAAGGGCGAAAAGAGAGGGCCAUUUCUUUAAAUUUCUGAGCAUGAAUCAUUUGAAAGAAAAUGCAAACAUCAAUAUGGGAUGGCCACGCAUAUAGACUCUUGAAUUGCUUAUUUUUCAGAAGUGGUUGCAAAUAAUCUGAUCUCAGUGGCAAGGAGGGGCAAGAGUGGGCUCUUGAUGGGCAGUGGAAUAUCUACAUUUCUAUGUUUCCAGGAACAGGAGUUGUCAUUUUGGCUAUUGACAUUUAGAAAAAAUUAAAGUUCUUUGUAUGAUUUUGGCACAGAGCAGCGUCCCAUCUGAGAAUCAAGCUAACGGUUACCCUCGCUGGGUGUUCCAGGUGAAGAUCGGUCAGGGGAAACUGGUACAGCCUUUGGAAGCUGAAAACAGGUGGUGUUAUCUGUCCUGAACUGAACACAAGGGGAUCCUUAGGCAUCCAUUGAAACAUAUCAGGUGCCUUCUACACACACAGAGUCUGUGGUGAAUUCUGAUAACGGUGCUUUAGCCGCUAAACCAAAUUGAACAGCUGGGGGGUUCCAGCACCCAUUUUAGAACUCUGUAUGUGUCAUAAAGCUACAUUUGGCAACAAUUUGUGGAGCCCUUGGCCAAUCUCUGCAUAAAAAGCCACCGGAGGAGGUUCAAUUAAGAAAAUUCAGACAAUUUAUCUGUCAUAUUAUCCCCGUGUUUGGUUUAUUUUUUAGUUUCAAAUUUAUUUUUUGAGGAGUGAUUUUCUAUAGGGGCCGAAAUGAUGUUUUAGUAAAAUAACAGGUAUUUUUAAAGGAAAAAAAAUGCCUUCUUGAUGUAAUUAACGUCCGCCAUUGCAACAUAUUUUCUGCUGUACAGAAUCAUCACAUUAAGUCACUUAAAGCUGAAAAAGGUGUUAAGGAUGUAGUUCAAAGUCUUUGUUUAAACACACCAAAAUUUUUCUAUAUAUUUUGUGAAAAGCCUGAUGGAAUGCAGGAUUGUAACUUCUGUAUGGAAUUGAACUUUAUAAGAAUUUUAGUAAAGUAGGUGGGUUUCCCCAGAUUCCUUUGUGCAUCAGUUUCAUUGCUGAAAAUGCUGCUUCCAGUUAUUAAUCUGGUCUUUGUAAGGAAACACACACGCGCGCACACACACACACACACACACACACACACACUUUUUUCCCUUACAUGGUGUGAAUUUUAUGAUAGACCUUUUUUAUUUGUAUAUGUGAUGGAUUGUUUUCCUGUGUUGUACCCCACAUUUGUUUGUAAGCCGUGUUGAUUGUAAAGACAGCUGUUGGGCAAGUGGAAACAUGUCUGGUCUCUACAAUCCCUUGAUGCUAAGAAGGAAGUAAUUCCAUAUGUUUGUUAGGCCCUGCAAACUCUUCCUAAUACCUGAAAUAUGAUGCAAGGAGAUUGGAGAGGUUGUGCACCCCUAUCCUUCAAAACCCCAUCUCCAACACUGUGUCUCUGGAAAGUGUGAAAUAGCAGAAUGACUACCAUUUUGUGGAUUCCGUCAUUGACUGACUCCCUCAUCUUUCCUGCUCUGUAGAACAUGCUGCUAGCUUUCCCUGGUGGAAAUCAUCUCCUCUUUAUGGAUGGCAAUAUCUUCUCUUUAUGAAUGAGGCAGACUGGACUAGAGAGUAUGGAAUUCAUUAGAAGUUCAUAAAGUAAAGGCCUCUGAAGGAUGUGGGUAGAAUGUUUCCAUGCCUUUGAGGUGAUUGGGAAAUUGAUGCUCUGGCCUUGGGAACGUUUUGCUUGUGAGCUGCAGAGGGAAAGGAGUCGGGGAGGGUGUACUUCAUCCGUUUUCCUAUAAGGAAAUAUACAGGGCUGCUCUCUCAAGGCGAAAGCGUUUCUCACCAUUGUCCAGGAAAGAAAAAUUAUGAAUAUCAAUUGAUAAUUUCAGUCAGGCUCUAGGAUUGUAUUUAAAAAUACCUGUUUUAUGCCUUUUGUUGACUUUGCCAUAUUGGCUUUGGUGGCCACCAUGCAUUUUUAUUUUAGCCUUGUUUUCCUGUUCUCCAGAUCGUGUGCAUUAUUGUUGUUGUUUUCUUUUGAACUACUGCUUAUCGUAAAUGGUGAUGUUAUCUCAGAAUUCCUGAAGCCAAGGAAAUAGCUACUGUGCAGGACUUGGGGUAGAUGAAAGCAUUGGUAUUGAUGUAGGUUAAGAUUGGACAGAGUUACCAGAAAUAUACUGAAGGUGGCUUUAAAGACGGCGUGUUUGUUUUAACAUCUGGAGAAGCCACCUGUUCUAGGUUCCUUAUUCUUGGGAAAUCCAUCUUUUCAUGCAAAUGCCAUUUGUGGUUCAUACUUAACAGCCUGGAUGACUGGCCUCUGUCAGUCACUAUACAAGGAAUUCUAAUAAUUGCCAAAGGUGGAGGUAAUUUUGCCUUUUAUAGGUCAUUCUAUGGUGAAAUUUCCAAUCAUGGUAUCUUAUAAAAAGAACAACUAUUAUUUUCCAUCUCUUUCCUGAUCCAAGAGCACAGUAAAGGAAGAGUAAAGUUCUGGUGUGAUACAGACUAGUUCAUUGAAUCUGUUUUUGACCAAGGAAAUGGCUGAGAUGUUGAACUAAGUGGUUGUUACAUGGUUCGUAUGGUGACCUCAAAAGGAAAAUGAAAUUGGGACAUUAAGUCAAACUUGGACUCCUCUGUUGGUGAGGAGCUUACACUUUGAUUUCCUAUCUCAGGAUAUUCUUCAGUUUCAUACUGCUGCUGAGGAGGAAGGAACAAGCCGUAGACUCUAACUGGUCUCCGGAUGUUUGUGCGUGUGUAUGUAAAACUUCACACUGUGUGUGUUGUGUUCAAUGUUGUGUCAAUCUAUGAACUGACUCAAACAACAAUUUGAAGAGAGAGAAGACAGUAAUAAUGGCAACAGACACCCAUCCACCUCUUUUUUGUCAAAGUGCUUGCUAUGACUUUCAUAGCUAGGACAAAUAGCAUACGUAUUCAGGAGCAAGGUGUCCUUGAAAGAAAUGGUGUGUUGAUCUCAUGAGAAAAUGUACAACCAAUAAAAGACAUUUUAAAAAGUGCA